AUGGCUAGUGCAAACAAUGAUAUCGCUGUUUUACAACCUUCGGGUCUUUUCGACGAUGUGAUAGCACAAAAUACUUCAUUCAAUGCAAAUGAUGUGGAAUAUAAGUAUGUGUAUUAUCUUGUAAACAGUAUUUAUCCGGAGUGGGCUACGUUGGUGAAAACCCUUUCGUGUCCAGAUGACGGGAAACGAUUGUAUUACAAGAAAAAACAUGAGUCGGCAAGAAAAGAUUUCAAACGGGCUUUCGGUGUAACAAAAAAGAUAUGGUCUAUCAUUGCCCAACCAUCAAGGAUAAUUGAAAAGAGUAAAAUGAGAAACUUCAUGUAUAUGUGCAUCAUCUUGCAUGGUAUGAUAUUGGAGGACUCGGGCAGAGCCUUUUGUGUAAAGAGUUAUGAUGAAGGUAACUAA